AUGUUCACAAAUAUUUGUACCAGUUGCAGAAGCCUGAAACCCAACGUGGUAGCACAGAACAGUUAUUUCCAUGCUGAAGAUGAGCGGCGCUCGCUUUUAUCUGAGAGAACAAAUCUGCCACUUCGGAACGUAAAGGACACCACUAGCUCUCUCCGAGCCUCGCUGCGGCGCAUCAGCCGGGGAGGGCGUGGUAAGAGUCACCACGCUCAGAAGCGCAAACUCGGCCCCUGCACGCCGGUCUCGUCCCCGCCAUCCUGGCCCCGCCCCGUCCCCGCUGCCAGGCUCGGCGUGCGACGCCCCCUCCGGACCCGGCUCCCGCGCCCUAUUUGGUCAUUCGGGGGGCAGGCGGGGAGGGAAGUCUUGUGCGGCGGAGGGGACGCGGAGAGGGCGCCGGGAGUCUGGAGGAGCAGCUCUCGCCGCCGCCACCUCGGGUUGGGACCCACGCGGCUGCCGCGUCCUGCCCUCGGAACAAUGAGACUCGGCGCGCGAGAAGCCUGGGCCGCGCUGCUCCUGGGGGCGCUGCAGGUGCUACCGCUGCUGGGGACCGCCAUGAACAGCACAGGGCUGGCGGAGUCUACAAGCCAAAACAAUUCUGUGGUUCCACAAAAUUCCAGUGCCAGCUCACCAGCGUAUAACCCACAGGUGCUUUCCAGCCCCAAAAAUGAAUCUUCCAACAGCUCUGUGCAACUAUCAACAACUCCAGUUUCCUCAGUCUCAAGCACCUUGAAACCCACAGUAACAUCUAAGGCGUCAGCAAAUAGAACUUCCACCUUCGUAAAGCCUACCUGCAACACAACAAGUAUUUCACAAAGCACGUCUCAGAUGUCAACAUCCACAAUGACCACCACCCUCAAUAGUUCGGCGACAUCUGUUUCUUCAUCAGUAACAACAACUAUUAAUUUUAAAGAAAACAGAGGAUCAAAAUUUGAUAUCGGCAGCUUCGUUGGCGGUAUUGUAUUAACACUGGGAGUUUUAUCUAUUCUUUACAUUGGAUGCAAAACAUAUUAUUCCAGAAGGGGCAUUCGGUAUAGAACCAUUGAUGAACAUGAUGCCAUCAUUUAAGGAAACCCAAGGACCAAGGAAAGAAGACUGAUGCAGCCCUAUCAGUUAAUUUUGGUUUAUUUUUAGCUUAAAUAUUCUCUUCUUGGAAAUUGUACAAACAGGCCAUGCAUAUAAUGUUCAAUGUAUUAUAUAAAGCUGUAAAGAAUCCUCUUGAUUACUAAAAGUAAAGGGAGUUUGGGGUGAGCUUUUCUAAUGAACAUUUGGAGCUGGCAAACAGUUAAUGCAAUGAUUACAUUUACUUUUCGCAUAAGCAUAGUAAAGACAAGCAAGUCCUCUCCCAUUUUCUUGUGGCAUUGGUCACCUAGGGUCAGUAAUUGGAAGACAGCAUCACUUAAAGGCAGGAUGCCAUCUGGCCAUACAAAUAAGGAGCUUGUCACAGUACUCAGGAUUUUGGGUGUUUUUGUUGCUCACACAAAGAACUCCAGUGCUGGUAUAUCCUAGUUACUAAUGCCACACAACAGCAGUUAUACAAUUGAGUAAACCAGGUCCUAAACGUAAUUUUAGUUUAAAGUGUCUCUUCAAAAUGCAUCUUUUUUGUGUGUUUUAAAGUAUACUAGUUGGUUUAGAAAUGUAACACAUCUUAAAAAAAAAAAAAAAAAUCUUCAAAUUAAA